CACUAACUAACAAAAUGACUCAUUAAUAUAAAUGAGUGAAAAGAAAUAAGCAGGAGGGCUUCAAGGAGUAGUAGCAGGAUAAUCAGCUAUUUCCACAGUUGGAGUUGGUGGUAUAGGGUUAAAUUACAGAGGUUAUGAUAUUAAUGUAAUAUAUAAGUUUAGAAUAUUUUAGGAUCUUGCUUAUAAAUGUACUUUUGAAGAAGUGACUUAUUUGUUAUUAAAAGGUCAUCUACCUACUUAAUAAUAACUUGAUGAAUUAAAAACACUUAUAUGGUCAAAGAGAUAUAUUCCUUGUAAAUUGAAAUAGAUUUUGGAGACUUUACCUAAAGAAUCUCAUCCUAUGGAUAUUAUGAGAACAGUGACAUCAAUUUUAGGUAUUUUAGAACCUGAAACUAAGUCUGGUUAGGAAUAUGAUAUAAGCAUCAGAUUAAUUUCAAUAUUUGGACCUGCUUUGUUGUACUGGUACCAUUACAGCAAUUCAGGAAUUAAAAUAAAUGAGAAUACAGGUAAAGAUUCUAUAGCUGAAAACUUUCUUAAACUUUAUCAUUUGAAGAGUGAAAUAGAUCCUUUAGUUAUAAAGACAUUCGAUGUUUCAUUAAUAUUAUAUGCUGAACAUGAUUUUGCAGCAUCUACUUUCGCUGCACGAGUUACUGUAAGUACAUUAUCUGAUUUUUAUUCUGGAAUUACAACAGCUAUUGGAACUCUUAGAGGACCUCUUCAUGGAGGAGCUAAUGAAGCAGCUAUGCAAUAUUUGGAACCUCUAAGAAGUAUACCAUAAGCAGAUCAAUUUUUGAAUAGCAGAUAUCAAAGUAAAUAACUCAUCAUGGGAUUUGGACAUAGAGUCUACAAAAAGGAAGAUCCACGCUCUCCUAUUAUUAAAGACUUUUCAUUGCAAUUAAGUAAGACAUAAAACGGAGAUCCUACAUUAUUGGCUGUUUCAUAACAUAUUGAAAAAAGGAUGGUUGAGGAGAAAAAGAUUUAUCCGAAUCUUGAUUUUUAUAGUGCUAGUGCAUAUAGAUAAUGUGGGUAAUAAUCAUUCCUUAAUUUAGAGUUCCAACUCCCAUGUUUACUGCCAUCUUUGUAAUUUCUAGAAUGACAGGAUGGGGUGGACAUAUUAUUGAGUAGAGAAGCAAUAACAAAUUGAUGAGACCUGUCUCAGAUUACACUGGCCCUGCUAAAAAGUAAUUUGUACCAAUAGAAAUGAGAAAUAAAGCAAAUUUAUGAAAAUGG